GAGAGAGGAGAAACAAGAUCUCCCUCGGAUUGCGAAUGGAAAGCCACGCCAAUCACAAUCGGGAACGCAGGGCGCCGUUCUGCUCUUGCUCAGGAUUGGUCGAGAAAAGUUAACAUAGUGCAGCUACAAAGAAAAAAAAACAGACCAAAUCUUGACACUUGUCCGGAUUGAUUGGCGAAUUGGCGUUUCGGUAUUCCAAUUUUAGCAAUCGUGACGAGUUUUAAUUAAUCGUUACUGCGUAUUCAGCGGAGGAAACGCUUUUUUCAUCGCCUACAGUUCUGUGUCCGCGUGUUCUUAUCUUCGAGAAUGGAUCCACAUUAUGAGAAGAGACCAAUCGCUUACUUGACGCGGAAGGAACAGAUCUCCUGCUGUCACCGUUUGAAUAGUCCACAUCUGACCGAAUACGAAAAUGAAAAAGUAUAUGGAAAGUGCAAUAAUUUUUGGGGACAUGGUCACAAUUAUACUGUAGAAGUGACCGUCCGUGGCCCUGUAGAUCCGUUAACGGGGAUGGUUAUGAACUUGAAAGUCUUGAAAGAUUGCAUGCAGAAAGUAUUAAUGGAUCAAAUGGAUCAUAAAAAUAUAGACAAGCAAAUAGACUAUUUUACAGAUAAGGUAUCAACAACUGAGAAUGUUGCCAUUUAUAUUUUCAACGAACUAAAGAAACUUAUGCCCAAACCUGAAUUAUUGUAUGAAGUCAAAGUUCACGAAACUGGCAAAAAUGUUAUGUAUUUUAGGGGAGAAUACGAAAAUGUAUCCUCUAUUUCUUAAU